AUGCGGUAUCUAAUCAACGAUAUUACAGAUUCAUUUACUCUAAGUGAAGAGACUCAACCUACUAACGAAAAUCUAGACAGAGACGAGGCAGACAGAGCACAAGAACAAGAUAUUCAACACCUGAGUGAUAACAAAGAAGAAAAUACCGCAGAGUUUAAUGACUACGACGGGCUCUUUGCGUCGGGAAACUGUACAAUAGAAGACGAAUCAUGGGAAAGUGUAGCAGAGACCGUGUAUAACGUUCAUCUACAACUUGCACCGAGCAUUUCGUGCUCAAUCUGUCUCCGCAUGACACAAUUUCCCGCCCGCCAGGACUGUGGUCACGUCUUGUGCUUGACUUGCAUGCAGCAUUCACUUUCAUUUUUGGGUAAUUGCACCUUAUGUCAAGCUCAGCAGAUAUUUAGAAGCGGUAAGACUGGGGCUGUUUCAGGGCCGGAAACGAUGGGAUAUGCAUUCACCAGUGCUGGGCAAGAUCUUCACUUGCCGCUCUCGUCGUCGGCAAUGUUUCCGACGCCAUACCAAGGUGCGAUCGUUCAAUUGGACCACAUGCACUUUAACAAUACCAACUACAGCAACAGCAUUAGCACAGCCGUGUCCACGAUCUAUGACGUCGAUAAGAUACACCAUGACUUGCUGCCGGCUUCCAGUCUUACGGAUCUUCAGCUGGACAAUUUAAGUGACUUUGACGACGUUAUUGACCUCGAUGACCUGGUUUCGUCGGACAGUGAACGGCCUUCACCACCAGUAGCAGCAAGAACAUCUCUCAGUGGGAGCUUUAUCGCAGGACCAGCGCGACAUCCGCGAACGUCGGUUCGAAAAAUAGGCACAUAUGCUUUUGAACUGGCAUCUGCGACCAAGAAGACGGUAAGUGAUAUGGCACCUACCGUUGGUCGAGCAACUGUCAGCCAAGCUGGCAAGAGGAAAGCUAGGACGCGUAAAGGAAAACGUGAGGAAAUUGCAAUUGUUCAUAUGGUAUGGAAAGCUGUGAAGUCGGAAGGCUUGCCACCGGACCCUCGAUACGACUGCGGGCUUGCAAUCCAUAAAAGUGUCGUGAUUGUUGUAGGUGGCAUCGUCGGCAAGCUGCGGCUAAAUGACCUGCACACUCUAGACCUCGCAGAAAGACCGUCGCCUCGAUGGGUUCAACCGCCGAUUAGCGGUACGCCACCUCCGCCAGGUCACCUUCUCCAGAUAUUCGUCAUUAAGGACGAUUUAUAUGCGAUCGGCGGCACGAUUGAUGGCAAAUUUCUCACGGAACUUCAUCGGCUCGACUUUGAUGAGUGGAAGUGGGAAAGACUUGAAGUAGCCGGAACUCUUCCGUCAAUGCGAUAUUGGUACUCGCUAGUAGUGCUGCAGGGCAUGGCAAUUUUGUACGGAGGUUACGGCCACCCUCAGCGACUUAGCGAUACGUUUGCGCUUCGAUUUGACACCGAGAUUCCGACAUGGGUAGAGCUUCAGCCUCGGGGUGACAUUCCGGGGCAGUCGUCGACGCACUCAGUGUGCGUUAUAGAAGACCACAUGUACAUUUUCGGAGGAUACGACGGCAAGUACCGUCGCGGUCAACUUUUUGCUUUUACAAUCGAGGACGCGUCGAAUGCGUACAUCGAUUGUGUAUGGCACAAAGUAGAGACUCAAGGCCACGGCCCUGCAUCACGCUACACGCACUCGGCUACCAGCAUCGGAUCGACAUUAAUUGUGUACGGAGGUAAUACUGGAUGUUUGAAAGGCGACGCAUAUAUAUUGGACCUUGGAGCAGACGAUGAGAUUCCUAUUUGGAAGCUGGUGAAAUGCGACCCGCCUUUGAUCCCUCGAGCGUGGCAUCGUGCGCUGACUUGGAACGGUGGAAUGUACGUGUUUGGAGGAAACACGACGAACGGACAGGACAACAGUGUGAUGCGCUUGACAUUUACGGCAUUGUAG